CUAGUUACUCAGCUCAUUCUUCGUCUGAACAUUAGUUUAUCUUCUUUUCGCACUGAGCAACCAUCUUAGUUCUUUACCAUCGAUCAAGUGUUGGAUGAGUUGGAGCUUGCAAACGAGGGGGAGAUGGUUGCUGAUGUUACUGUUGAAGAUGACAAUCCUGAAGAAGAAGGCGAUAAUCCUGUUCCAGAUGCAGCGGAAGCAAAAUUGGAAGACAUGGCGGACAAUGAUGAAAAUGAUUCAGAUGCAGCAGAAGCGAUUUUGGAAGACUUGGCGGACAAUGAUGACAAUGAUCUUGAUCGUUUUGCUGCGGCACUAGCUUAUGCUGAAGAAGGUUUCCAUAUUGCUGCUUCUGUUGUGAUGCCAGGUGGACUUGUGGACUAUAGCUAAGAUGAUUUUGGCUCUGAUGAUGACUGAGUUGGCUUUUGCUCAAGGGGAGUUGGUAUUUACAGGGAGUUCCUUGUCAUUUUUUUUGUGCACCGUACUGGAAACUUCGUUGGUGCUUUAUGGUGGUUGUUUGAUGUUGGAUUGUUUUGGUAUAAGUUUUCCUAUUUUUGCAUUUUUCUUGUGUGAUUUCCUGUUCUGGCUGUUUUGGCUGUUUUGUGCUUUGUUAUCUUCUCUGCAGGAUCAGUAUCGUUUGCAAUCUCUAAUAUAGGGGAGAUUGUUGG